AUGGUCACCUGUCUUCGGGAUGGUGUUACAAAGCCAAUUGCCAAGCUUAAUCUUCUUACCAUGCGGCAUCCCAUAGCUCAGGCUUUGGUUACAAGUGUGACUUGUUCAGAUGAGGAACCUAUGUCUUACACUGUUGCAAAUAAAAAUCCUAAAUGGAGGAAAGCCAUGAGUGAAGAGUUUGAUGCUCUGUUGCGUAAUGGCACUUGGGAAUUGGUUCCUCCACAUCCAUCCUUUAAUGUGGUUGGUAAUAAAUGGGUUUAUCAAAUCAAGAGACAUGCAGAUGGGACUAUCUCUAGGUAUAAAGCUCGGCUUGUAGCAAAAGGGUUUACACAAUAG